AUGUAUUCAGCCGGUAUGUUCACAAAUCCAUACGCCACAGAAGUACUGAGAACUAAAAAGAAGGAACUUGUAGAAGGCAUAAAAAACCCUGACCAGCUUCUGAACUGGCUGAUAGAAAAUGGCAUUUUUACACCAGAGAAAAAAAUGGUUUUAUCCUACUACAGGACACGAACUGCAAAGAACUCUCGGGUUUUGGAUAUCUUGGUUGCUCAAGGUGAGCGAGCUUGCAGGCUCUUUUUUUAUCCAUGUUUGAAACAGAUUGAGCCACAGCUAUAUAACAACAUGAGGAGUUAUGUUAGCGAUGUGAAUGGGAGAAUUGGCGAUGCCAGAAGGCAACUGAUAGGUUAUCUGCUUGAGAAAGAUAAAGGAUGGGUUCAGAAGAGUAAGGAUCCUCGCCAAGAAAAGAAAGAGAGCCCUAGACAGGUUUUAGCUAAGCCAGAAAAGCUGACUCAGGGCAAACAUACUGAAAAACAAGGUUCAGUUGCCAUGAAAUCCAAAGACAAUAAUUUUAUUUCUCUUUCUGUUUUUGAUUCUGUGGCUAAAGGUAAUCUUUCUGACUUGGAAAAAAUCUUACAGAAGAGUGAUAUUAACGCAGUAAACUCUGCAAAUGAAACCCUCCUACACAUUGCAGCAGCUCACGGGCACAGUGAAAUAAUUGACUAUCUUAUCAGCAAAGGUGCCAGGGCGGAAGUGAAGGAUAAAAAUGGAAAAACCCCACUACAUAGAGCUGCUGAGAGAGGUCACGAUAAAGCUGUAAAAAUUUUGCUCCGGUCUGGUGCCAACAUGUAUAGCUUGGAUCAAGACAGCAACAGCCCACUUCAUCUGGCCAGUCAGAACCACCAUAUCCACGUUCUGAAGAGUAUCCUGAAAGAAGAGGCAAGACGACACAAGGGCCAGCACAACUUCCUGCACAUGGCUGCUCUCAGAGAUGACAGUGAGCUGGUACAAGUGCUGCUACAGAACGGUGCUUUUAGGGAUGCCAAAGAUGAGAGAGGGCAGACGGCUCUGAGCUAUGCAGUAUCGCAAGGGUUUGAGAAGACUGUCAAGGUACUGCUGGAUGCCAGAGCCAAUGUUGAUUCCGGCAUAAUUGAUGUAGCCUUUAACAGUAAUAACCAAUCUCUCUUCAGGUUACUGCUGGAAUAUUCCAAAGGAAUGUCACCUGAUACUAUGGUGUCAGCUCUCUUUAAAGCCAUUCAGAAAGACCUGCAUGGCAUUGUAGCAGCUUUAAUUGAAAAGGGCACAGACAAAAAUGCCCUCAAUGAAGUGCAGUAUACGCCGUUGCUUGUAGCAUGUGAAAUGGGGAAGACUGAGUCAGCAAAAGUUCUAAUUGAAAAGGGAGCCAGCUUGAAGGACAAGACCCCCAACUCAAGCAGUGCUUUACAUCUGGCAGUUCAAGCUGGAGCCUCUUCCAUUGCAAAGAUGCUGCUGCGCAAAGGAAUGGCCGCUAACAUUGUAGGCCAGGGAGAUCAGACACCCCUCCACAUUGCUGCGCUUCACAAUAAGGGAGCGCUAGUGGACAUAUUAGUUGAUGGAGGAGCUAAAAUUGAUUUGGUCACUAAAGAACAGCUCACUCCAUUGCACAUUGCAAGUUAUAAGGGUCAUAUCGAUGUUGCUCAAAAGCUGUUGCAACAUAAGGCCAAUGUCAAUGUCAAGGAUAAACGGUCAAAGACACCUCUGCAUCUUUCUGCUGAAAGGGGAAAUCCUGCUAUAGUAGAACUGCUUCUGAAUUCCAAUGCUGACCCCAAUGCAACAGAUAAAGAGAAAAAGACCCCUCUUCAUCUUGCAACCAUAGGAAGCCAUCUUAACUUGGUGAAAGCACUGUUAGCUAAGAAGUCUCGGUUUGGAACUAAAGAUAUGGAUGGCUGCACACCAAUGCACUAUGCAGCUGUCAAUGGGAAUACAGAAAUACUAAAAGCACUUCUGGUUGCUAGCAAAAAUAAAAAUAUUGAUGACAAAAAUGUUUGGAGAAAAACGCCGCUGCAUGUUGCAGCAGAACACGGACACAGUGACUUAAUAAAUUUCUUUUUGAGCAGUGGCUCAGCUAUAAAUGCUCUGGACAAUAAUAAAGACACACCAUUGCAUUGGGCUUGCAAAGCUGGUCAUUUUAACUGUGUAAGUGCACUAGUCAACUGGUCUGCAGGGGAGAAAGCAAAUCUACAGGCCACAAAUAGCCUCAAGAAGACCCCACUGCAAGCAGCAGAAUCCAGCCCAACUGAAAACCAAGCUCAGAUUGUUACUCUUUUGAAAAAGAAAAUGUUAUUGAUAAGAUAA